AGGCGCUCAUCAAUUAAUUCACCUGCAGGAGAAACUGGUUGGGGAGAAAACCUGCACUGUCUCCCUAGUGGCACGAGUUUGAAACGUGCACUAGAGUAUCGUUCAGCCGUUUUAAAUAUGUGGUGUGAAAUGACUUAAUUGUAAUGUUCAUUAGAACAAGGACACAACACUGGAAAAAAACAGUAAGAUACUAAAUAAAAUUUCCGAUAAGUUAAGUCUUAAUGUUACUUUAAUUAUUUGAUAAUGUCACAAAUUUAAGUAAUUUUAUUGGCGUUUUCAUGUUGUCGAGGUGAGUUAAGUGUUAAAAGAGCAAUAAAAUAUGAAACAAUAUUCUUGUAAAAUCACUUUUUAUUAUUGUAAUAUGUCGUCUUUGUUCUUGUGGUAACAAUUGUAUAUUUUUAUUUUAGUAUUUAUUUCUUCAAACUCUUUGUAUUGUGGCGGCAAUGAGGGCGGAACUUCUUUCUGGACACUUUAAAUCCACACGGAGCUAUUUUGUCUCCUUGUCAUAGCUUCCGCUAUACUUCCUGGUUCGCCGGCGUGAUAGUCUUGACAGUCUGUAAACGUUGUCACUACGUUGGUGGACGUAAUUUACAGAUACAGAACAUGUCUACGGUGGGUUUAAAAUGUCCCGGCUGCGGUUCUUCCAACAUUGUGGAGGACGACCUGCACACUCAAAGGCAGCUGAUUUGUGUGGACUGCGGCGCUGUGGUAUCUGAGGGCGCUUUGACCCACGACACAUUCGAAGGCACAGAUGUGAGCUACAGCCGGACAACAGCGGUGACCAAAAAGCCCUGUUUAAACCAGAUAAAAGGCCAACAGCGAGUCAAAGCCUUAUGCCGAGCCCUUCGAGUCAAUGCCGAAAUUGAGACCCUGUCGAGCACCUAUUUCGCGCAAGCCUAUGAGCAUGAGAGUUUCAUCAAGGUAAGCUUGCAGAAGAAGGAGAACCUGGCCGGCUGCUGUGUGCUGGCCAGCUGCAGGCAGCUCAACUGGCCUGUCACCAUGGGAACCAUCAGCUGUCUGCUGGAGGCUGACACGGUGAUGAUGGGGGCCGUUUUCCAGAACAUGAUCAAGAUUCUCAAGAUCGAGGCACCACUUGUCAAUGUCACCGACGUGAUGGAGGCACACUGUCAAGAAUACAAAAUCACCUCUCUUGACGUGCAUGAAGACCUUGCUGAGGACCACAAAGACUUGAACAAACGAGCCUUGGCCUUGGUGGAGCUGGCCGCCGAGUCCUGGAUCGUGACGGGACGCAAACCCGUCCCCUUAAUGAUGGCUAUGGUCUAUCUGGCCUGGCAGUCCUUGAACCCCAACCACGUUCGUCUCAAAAUGACCCUGGAGAAGUUCUGUCUCAUUGCCAAGAUGAGGAAGCACAGAGCCGCGAUGACGAGAGUGGCCGAGAUAAAGCGGGUGCUUUGCAAACUAGGCAAGGAGAUCCCUUGGGUCACGGAUGCGGUGACAUCAGAGAAUGUUGUUAAGCACGUGGAGGAUAUCGUCAAGAAUAGGUACGCUUUGUUACGGAGGGCUUUGAAGACCCACGAGUUAGCUUUGCAGGAGGAGAGUGAAGAGCCCUCUGAGACUGAAGGUCAGACAACCUGUGAAAAAGCUAAGCAGACAAAUGGACACAACAAUAAUGAUGAAGCUGAUCAACAUCCACAGCCAAACUGGGGGAAGAGGGUGCUUUUGGCCCCUCCGUGCGUGACUCACCCCAAGAAAAGGAGAGUGCACCCAGAAGGGCUGAAAGAUGUGACGGGUGACGAGGACAUCUCUGACAGUGAAAUUGAGUCGUACAUUCGCACCCCCCGGGAGGCCAGGGAAUUCGCUCUAGCACAGGCAGCAUUCGUAGCGCAGACUGAGACCACCAAAUGAGGUUUUACUCUUUUUCGUUCAUACAAUGAUUUCACAAAAUUUGCACACAUUAAUGCAAUCCAAUGCAAGAGCUGCAGCCAAAAAAAUAUGCCUUAAAAAGAUAGUAAUGCUCAAUUUUGAUUGACACCAUUGUACUACUAGAGGUGUGCAAGGUCAGCAAAAUUCUGUAACACCUACAUAACCAAUGUCUGCAAAAUUAUGCAGAGGUGGUGUGAUUAUAAGAUUUUAUUUUUUUAUAUAUAUUCAUAAUGUAUAAUGCAACCUUUUGUAAAUGGUGUUGGACUAUUGGGUGAACUAUGAAAGUGACUGCAAAUGUAAAUGUUCAUUAAAAAUAUUUGU